GUCGACAAGAUUUGUGACAGAACAGAAACUGUCCGAGAAUGGAAUUAAUGGAUUGGGGAAAUCUCUGUUAUAAAUUCGGUUGAAAGCUAGGUCUAAAAGAGUUUACAAAAGGAACCCGACCUUUCAUCUUUCCCUUCGCCUUUGAAGCUCUUUUCGAAUCGAGGGAAAGAGAAAAGAUUUUGUAAAAAGAAAAUGGCAGGAGGAGCGUUUGCGGCCAAUGGAGGAGGAGACUAUGAAGGGCGAGUCACGGCCUUCGUCAUCAUCACUUGCGUGGUGGCCGCCAUGGGAGGUCUCCUCUUCGGUUACGACAUCGGUAUUUCAGGAGGAGUGACAUCAAUGGAGCAGUUCUUGACUAAGUUCUUCCCCGAAGUGCUUCGUAUUCAGAAUCAGAAAAAGAAGAGCGAGACUCAGUACUGCAAAUACGACAACGCCCUUCUUACGCUCUUCACGUCUUCCCUCUACUUGGCUGCUCUUUUCGCAUCAUUCGUGGCCUCCACCAUCACUAGGGUUUUUGGCCGCAAAUACUCCAUGUUUCUUGGAGGCCUCGCUUUCCUCGCCGGCGCCCUUCUCAACGGUUUCGCCAUCAACAUCAUAAUGCUCAUCUUCGGUAGGCUCAUGCUCGGUGUCGGCGUUGGAUUCGCUAACCAGUCUGUUCCAGUCUAUCUGUCUGAAAUGGCUCCGGCUCGGAUUAGAGGAGCAUUGAAUAUCGGAUUUCAGAUGGCGAUCACCAUCGGUAUCUUCAUCGCGAAUCUUGUGAACGUUGGAACCCCCAAACUCAAGCACGUAGACGGGUGGAGAGUGUCUCUCGGAUUGGCCGGUGUUCCAGCCGUCAUGAUGAUCAUCGGAUCCAUUUUCUUGCCCGACACUCCAAACUCCAUGCUUGAACGUGGGCACCCCGAAGAGGCCAAGGCGAUGUUGCGCAAGAUCAGAGGCAUCGAGAACGUUGACCGUGAGUUCGACGACCUCUACGCCGCCAACCAGGCUGCCAAGAAAAUUGAGCACCCGUGGAGGAACAUCAUGAAGCCUCAAUACAGACCCCAACUCACUUUCUGUUCGAUGAUUCCGUUUUUUCAGCAGCUUACAGGGAUCAAUGUGAUCAUGUUCUAUGCCCCUGUCUUGUUCAAGACAUUAGGGUUUGGAGACGACGCAGCCCUCAUAUCUGCUGUUAUCACCGGACUGGUUAACGUAAUCUCUACCAUGGUGUCCAUAGCCACCGUCGACAGGUUUGGACGAAGGGCACUUUUCCUCGAGGGUGGUGCUCAGAUGAUCUUGAUGCAGAUCGGUGUCGGAUCGAUGAUCGGAUGGAAGUUUGGACUGAGGGGAGAAGGGACGUUGUCAAAGGCGGAUGCGGACGUGAUCUUAGCCAUGAUCUGUGUCUACGUGGCGGGUUUCGCGUGGUCGUGGGGGCCGUUGGGAUGGUUGGUGCCGAGUGAGAUAUGUCCGCUGGAGAUCAGAUCUGCGGGUCAAUCCAUCAACGUGUCGGUGAACAUGUUCUUUACCUUCGUGAUCGGACAGUUCUUCCUCUCCAUGCUCUGCCACAUGAAGUUUGGUCUCUUCUACUUCUUCGCCGUUAUGGUCGUCAUCAUGACAACCUUCAUGUACUUCUUGUUGCCUGAGACGAAGGGCAUCCCCAUCGAAGAAAUGGGCAGAGUUUGGAAGUCGCACAAGUUCUGGUCCAAAUACGUUCCCGAUGAUGCCGUGAUCGGUGGAACAACAAGCAAAGAUGAGGAUUUCGAUUCUAGGGCUUGAAGAAACCCUAAAUUUGAUUUCUUUUCAUGAGUCCGGUUUCCAUCAUCCUGUUGUUUUUACUUGUUAUGUGUUUUAUUUGGCCUUUUGAAAAGACUU